AUGGACAACGUACGAGUGGUGUUGAACGCACGUCCUGCGGACAAGAUCAUCCCGGGAGAGACGUUUCGCAAAGAAACCGGUCUCGCCCCCUGCCCAAAAGACCUGGAGGAUGGCCAGAUUCUCUUCGAGGUUCUGCUCAUCUCGCUGGAGCCAGCGAUGCGAGGAUGGCUGAGCGAGGCACUCACUCCUCGUGCUCAUUCAGAAAAGAGAUCAUAUCUCCCUCCAGUUCAAAUUGGAGAAACCAUGCGCAGCUUUUCGGCAGCCCGCGUUCUUGCGACCAGGAGCAAGCAGGCCGAAAUUGGCGACGUCGUGGUCGCCGCGAGCGGCUGGGCUCGGUAUGCCAUUGUGCGCGAGGGAUUGUUUGAGCCGGCUUCAACUCUGCCCGAGGUGGCCGAGACUCACGAGCUCUUGUCCACGUACGGCCUGACGGGGAUGACGGCGUGGGUGGGAAUGACAGUCAUCGGGGAGCCGAAACCGGGCGAGACGGUAGUCGUAUCCGCCGCAGCUGGUGCGACGGGCAGCAUGGCGGGACAGAUGGCCAAGAUUAAAGGAGCCAGGGUGAUUGGUAUCUGCGGCGGCGAGGAAAAGUGCAACCACGUCCGCGAGGUCCUCGGGUUCGACGUGGCGCUCGAUUACAAGGCGCCUGACUUCAAGGAUAAGUUCAUGGAGGCUACAGGGGACUUUAUCGAUGUGUAUUUCGACAACGUCGGUGGUGAGAUUCUGGACAUGGCCCUCGGCCAGGCUAAAAAGGGGGCUCGCCUCGUUCAAUGCGGCUUGAUCUCGCAGUACAACCGGGAGCGCGAGCAGCCGAGCCUGAAAAACUACUUCAACGUCAUUUCGAUGCGCGUCAAGAUCCAGGGGUUUAUCGUGACGGAUCACAUGGACUUGUGGCCGCAGGCUCGGCAGGAAAUUGCCCAGUGGGUUGGGCAAGGCAAGCUCACGAGUGCAGUGAGCAUUGUUGAAGGAGGGCUGGAUGUGGUCGACAAGACUCUUGCGAGUUUGUACAAUGGCAGUAACACGGGAAAGUUGCUCGUCAAGGUCAAGGAUGUGUCUGAUCCUCCUGCAGAGCUCUGA